AACAUAGUUCUAGUUGAACUAAAGCAAGAUGGCAGACGAGACUAUGCACGUGGUGGAAGUUAUUUCAAAUAACUUUGAAAUGAAAGAUAUAAGUAAAGUGGAUUGUGCAAUGCUUGAUUAUUUUACUAAACUUAGAAACGAAGUAGAAUCAGAAAGAAUACAUGGUGGGAUUGCCUUAUUAAAAUAUUUAAUUCAACAAAAUUCAGAACACAAUGAUAGUCAAGAAUUUAAGUAUGCUAUGAAAAGACUUAUUCGAAGCCUAGGCUCUUCAAAAACGAGUUCACGUAUAGGUUUUUAUACGACUUUGACGGGCUUUCUAACGAUGAAUCCUGAUACGUCCAUAGAAAACUUUUUAUCUAUAGUAGACAAUGAAUUACAUCCAGUAAAUAGCAAUAGCAAAAGUGAAAAUGGUGACAUUUAUAUGGGACGCAUAUUGGGAUAUGGAGCAUUAAUAAGGUCUAAAAUACUUUCAAAGAGCUCUAGCGCAAUACAACUACAAACUAUUCAAAAUCUUAUCAGUGCAGGCAAACAACGUAGUUAUUUAUCAUUUGUUUCUAUUUCAUUUCUUGUUGAAUUCGUGAAUCAAGUUGAUACUGAUUGUAUUAAAAGAUCAAUUUGGCCAAUUAUCGAAAAAGAAUUUGGCAAGCCAUGGGCAGAACAAACAUUAGAUUCAUUUUAUGCUUUGUUAGUAAUAAAGAAUAAGUGUCCAUCACUUGUAAAUGAUAAAUUUUCAAAAACACAUUUUGGUACAGAACAUAUUGUUACUAAGGAAACCAUGAAUGAUAUAGUAAAAGUACUAUUGGACUUAUCCAGAAUUAUAUCAUGUCAUCAUCCAGUAUUCAAGUUAUUUUGUGAGAAUUUAAAAUCAACUGAACUCAUUAUUGACUUUUGGACUCAUAUAGAUCAGAAAUUUGCAAAGCCAUCUAAAACUGAUGAAUAUUUAGUUAUACAAAUCCUGAAAUUGAUAUUGUCAAAUAUCGUAGAUAAAUCUAUACUUCCGUCAUUAUUGUCACCAAACUAUGUGCAGCAUAUGUUAAAAAAAUGUUCUGGAUCUAAAAAUCAUAACAAAGAUGAAGUCCUUCUUGGAUUUAAAGAAGUCUUAAAUUUACUAAUGUCAGCUACAAACAGUGAUGAUACUAAACUAAAAAUAAAAAUUGCUGUAUUAAAGAAAUUAAUAUUGUAUCCAGGUGAUUUAAUGAUCGAAAAAAAGACAGGUACAAAAAUAAUUCAAAUGCUUACUGGAAAUUUGGACUUAGAUGGUAUAAAGAAAGUGUCAAAAAUAUACAGAGGUAUAAUUGAAAAUACAAUAUCUAGGGAUAAAUCAAAUGUCAAAGCAGAAUCCUUUUGGACAAAUGCUGAAAGAAUUUAUGCCGCUCAUUUAUUAACAAGAUUAAUAGGACAUCCUAAAACGCUUAUGGAUAGAGAAUGGAGAUUAGAUCAGUUGAAGUUUUUAUUUACUUAUGGAUUAUGUGAAGUGCCUAAUGUUGGGGUAGAUCUAGCUCCUCAAUUUAAGGAAACAUUUUAUCAUGCACUAGAUCAUAAAUUACCAAGGUUGAAUGAUCUGCGAAGUAUAUUAAGUGAAUUGGUUCAUUUUGUGAAUAUUAAUUUGAAAGAGCAAACAUUGAAAUUAAGGAAUCCACUAAUGAAUGAAGUAAAAGAUUCGUGGAAAAAAGUGAUAUAUUCAAUAAAAAAUUUAGAAAAUAAUUCGAGAAAGACAGAAGCUGUACCAAUAUUUCAUACAAUGAAUUUACACAUGGGUUUACAAUUAUUCUCAGACCCACAAAUGGCAAUUAUGGCUAUUGAUGAACUACAAAGUUGUUAUGAAAGAGUAUUAAAACAGACUAAAAUGCAUAAAACUGGUAGUAAUAAAAAGCUAAAUGAUGAGCCAGAGUGGGUAGAAGUAGUUGUUGAUUUGUUAUUGUCUUUUUAUUCUAAAAAUAGCCAUUUGUUACGAUCAUUAGUGGGAUGUGUUUUCCCACAUAUUUGUUCCUAUGUGACGCCAACAGCUAUGCAUCAAAUAUUAGCAGUAUUAGAUGUAACAAAUGAGAAAGGACCACUUGUAACAAGAAAUGGUUAUGAUAAUGAAGAAGAAGAAAUUUCAUCAGAUGUAGAAUCGAAUUCUGACACUGAAGAGGAUAAUAAAAGUGAUGGAGAAAGUAUUAAUGAUGAAAUGGAGACUUCGUCGGAUAAUGACUCUGAUUCAAAUGAAGAAUCAAUGAGUGAAAAUGAAGAUGAGACAUUAACAGAUAGAUUACGAAUGGCAGUAAGUCAAGCAUUAGGUGAUGUUUCCGUUCAAAUGGAUGAUGAUGAUAUAAAUGUAGAUAACAUCGGCGAGGAAGAAGGAAAACGAUUAGAUGAAUCGUUGGCAGCAGCAUUUAGAAUUCUUCGAGAAAAUCGUCAAUCGCGAUACAAAAAACAAGAAAAAUCAGCCCAAGCUUUAACCCAUUUCAGAAUUCGAGUCAUAGAUUUACUAGAAACUUAUUUAGAAUGUGCCCCAUCAAUGGCAAUUGUACUUGAUAUGUUACUUCCUCUCUUUACCUUAUUAGAAUAUUGCAUAAAAGAUCCGUAUCAAAAACCUCUUUAUAAUCGAGUUCGAUCUUGUUUAAAAAUAUUAUCAAUGGUAAAAAAAUUUAAAGAUACAGAAAACGUUGAUGAAGAAUUAUUGAUAGUAAUAUUAAAGGCUUUAAUAGAGAAAGGAGAAAGAACCACAUCAAUUUAUCACGAAAUGAGUGAUAAAUUAGCUGAAUGCUGUACAUUCCUCGUGCGAUGUGCGCAGCAAGCUAUUGUAUCUACAGAUACAAUAGUUAAAAUUUAUGCAGAGAAUUUAAGAGCCUUUUUCAAGAAAAGAGACUGUGUACUAUCCCCUCUGUUAUUUAAAAGCAUACUGCAAUUGCAAUGGGAGGGUAACUGGCAGCUAGCUCCCUUAUUGAUUGAUUUUGCUUUUAAUAGCACUGUAAGAUAUUUUCGUAAAGCAUAUGCUCUCGAGCUUUUAGUAGUAUUUUACAACAAUAGUAGAUUAGUCCAUUUAGACACCGAACAUUUUGAUGUUAGAAUAAAAUUUGAAAAGAUACUAUGCAGAAAUGUUAUAGCCACAUUCCAAGAGAUAAUUAAUAUGCACAAAAUUGAAAAUGAACAAGUUACAUCUAAUGGCACUGCAAUAGGAAAAAAGGUCAGACAAAGAUAUAUUUUUCUUCUGUUAACAUUAUUGCGAAGCAUCUACAUGCAUCAUUUAAAACAAGCAUGGAAUUGGAACGACAUUGGGAAUGUACUCACAACAUACAGAGCUCAUGUAUCACUUGCGAAAGAUACGAAAGUAGCAUACAAUAGAUUAGCAGUGCAGAUUGGAAUUCCAGUGAAUAUAUCACGGAAAAAAGCUAAAAAUGAACAAAAUGCUAUGGUAAAUGGGGAGAUCAAAGAUGCUACAAAUAAUGUAGAUCAGUUAAAUAAUACACAAGAAAAUGGAAGUAUACAAAGCGAUUCAAAUACUUCUACAUCACAGAGGCACGAAUUCAAAAAGAAGAAAAAAAAUAAAAGUAAACAGAGAGAUAAACAAUUACUGAAAAAGGAAGCCCGGAUGUUGCGUCAAAAAGUAACGUCUGAAGAUUUUGAACCUUUUAACUUCAGUUCUUUUGUUUUUAAUGACCAACCAGACAAAGAUGUAUCACUCUUUGAGAAUGGAAAUUCUCAAAUUGGACAGACUAGUUCUAAUUCUUCACAAAAGAGGACGCACAAAAGUAUAUCAGGUGGUAAUAAAGCGAAAAAAAAAAAAGUAUGCAAACUGCUUGAUGUAUGAAAUAAAAAUGAAUUGUUAUUUUUAUAUAAGCAUUUAUAAAAAUAUGUAUUAAAGAGUCUUUUUUGUACAGCUUUAAAAUAU